UAUGAGUGUAUUGACUGAACAGAUCACUCAUUGGCGGACACGUUGCUAAAUUAUUCGUGUCACUUGAGAGUAAAAUUUAACGGUGACGUGUAGGUUUUGCUUUUACUGAAACUCCUCCCAGAUUAGAUUUUCAUUUAUCGCUUGGCUUCACAAGAGACAACAUGCCACCAAGCAACGUACCAGAUACCAAGGUACCAUCUCACACCACUCAGUACCUCGCUACUUUGGCCGUGUGCACGGGAGCCCUCAGCAUGGGCGCGACCCUCGGCUACAGCUCGCCGGCAGGACCUCGCAUGAUGGCCAAUUCGACCUCAGAUGACCUGACCGUCACGCUGAGCCAAUUCAACUGGGUGUCGUCGAGUCCCUCCCUGGGCGGCGUGGCGGGCGGGCUGAUGGCGGGCGCGGGCGUGGACUUCGUCGGGAGAAAGGGCGUCAUCCUGGUUUUCUCGCCCGUGUUCUUCCUCGGGUGGCUCAUGAUCGCUCUGGCGCGAGACGUGGCCAUGCUCCUGGCCGGCCGCCUCGCCUGCGGACUGGCCGCCGGCGCCGUCAGCAUCGCCGUCCCCACCUUCGUCGGAGAGAUCGCAUCGCCGGACAUCCGCGGGCUGCUCGGCAGUGUUUUCCAGGUGAUGGUCACCACGGGGAUCCUCUCGGUGUAUGUCCUCGGGGCCGCUAUAUCUUCGUGGAGGAUUCUCGCCGGGGUGUUCGCGGGACUCCCGGUUCUGACCUUCGUCGCCGUCUUGUUCCUGAAGGAGUCUCCUCUUUAUCUCGUCUCUAAAGGGAAGGAGGACGAGGCAGCUGCGUCGUUAAGGUUUUUCAGAGGUAAAGACUACGACGCAUCCGACGAACUCCAGGUCCUGAAGGAGUCCCUCGAGGAGUCACGCCAGAGGAAAGCGUCGGCGAAGGACCUCCUGAAGCCACACAACCUGAAGCCUUUCCUCAUUGUCCUCGGCGUUUUCCUCCUCACUCAGUUCUCCGGGAUCACCGCCAUCCUGUCGUACAUGUCUUCCAUAUUUCAGGAAUCCGGAAGCAAUCUCCCCGAUGACCUAAGUUCCUCGAUCAUCGCUGCAGUGAUGGUCGCCGUGACGCUCUUCUCUAGCGCUCUCGUGGACAAGGCGGGCAGAAAAGCGCUACUGGUCACGUCCGCAGCGACAAUGGCGGUUGCUUUCAACAUGUUGGGCCAGUACUUCGCCGGGAAAGAGAGCAACCGGGCCUGGGUUGACAACGCGGCGUGGGUCCCUCUCGCCUGCCUCGUGGUCUUCGUGUCAGCUUUCAGCGUUGGAUUCGGGCCUAUUCCUUGGCUCCUGCUGGGUGAACUCUUCUCGCCGGAAGUGAAAGGCGUGGCAGUUAGCCUCGUCCAAGUAAUUAACUGGUCGACGGCUUUUCUUACGACGCUCAUCUUUGCUCCUUUACAGACCUCCCUCGGCGACUCGGGCAUGUACCUUCUCUUCAGCGGCCUGUGUGCUCUCGCUCUCGUCUUCUCUGCCUUCCUGGUUCCCGAGACGAAGGGCAAGACACUGCAGGAGAUCGCGGCGCACUUCGGAGGUUCCCCUGUGGCAGGAUCCUCACAGGGGAGACGGACGGAGGGUUGAAAGGGUCGGGGAAAUUCAAGGGUUGAGGAUGGAGAGAAGGAGACUAUAUAUUGAUU